UGGCAUUAUGACGUCACACUCGUCCGUCAUACAUGGAUCGUGUCAGCAAACCCCUCUUUCGAUGGAGUUCGCUAGCUGCGACGUGGGAGCGUGGAGGGAGGCGCUCUUAGCCUACGACGUCGGCCUCUCCCUCCUCCGGAAGCCCGAUCUGCUCCCGCUCGACGCCUUCUACCGGACUGAGCUCCCCCUCCUCCUCCUCCGACGGGACCCCCGCCCUUUCCUCACCAAGCCCGAGCUCCACCGCCUCAUGCAAUGGAAGCUCACCCGAGGCAAAUGGAGGCCUCGGCUACUGAAUUUCAUUUCCUCGCUGGAGGAGCACUUGGUGGAAUCCGCUUCUCGAAAGGCAUUCACGGCACUUCCGGACCUCUCCCAAGCCGUAUCCGAGCUAACGGUUCUGAAGGGAGUCGGACCGGCGACUGCUUCCGCUGUUUUAGCAGCCUAUGCGCCGGAUGUCGCGCCGUUCAUGUCCGAUGAGGCUAUGAUUGCGUCUAUGGGGAACGUGAAAGACUAUACAUUGAAGCAAUAUCUCGCGUUUGCUGAGAAGUUGCAGAUGAAGGCAAAGGAGUUGAGCGUUGAAGGGAAUUGUUUUACUCCCGUGGAUGUUGAGAGAGCUUUGUGGAGCUCAGCAGUUCGCGCCAAGUUACUCCAUUCUCCAUCAGAUGAUAAAUCAGAGGCUGAGGCUGGUGUCAAGAGAAGCACCAAGAGGAAACGUAAAAUUUGAGCUAAUCUCCAUGGAGUUGCUAGACACACUAGCACUUGUAAGCACUCAUGUUUUUGUACCAGUAGCAUUAUCUAGUUCUCAGCUCUCUCAUGUCUAUGGACAGUUAGUAUUGUCUCGCGCAUCUAAUGUUGCAACAAUCUCCACAAAACUUUCUUAACUGCAGAAAGAUAUCAAUCUUGUCAUACUUUAGAGGAAGUUCAUCAGGCACCAUAUUUAAGUCUUGAA